UGGAAAGACGAAGAACUCCAAGAUCACCCUUUUCUCAGGUUUUGUCAGCUACCAAAUGGUUCGAGAGGCAUAUGAUGCCGGCAGGUCCGGGUUCGGAAGUCUUCUGUCUCUUGGUCAUUCCUCUGGCAGAACUGACAGGAUAUUCAUGAAGGGUCCAGAAGGGCGUGGUGAAGUUGAAGUAGCGGUCUCUGGAAUCCUGGAUCAGAGCAAGGUGGAUAUAGAUCCUCAAUCACCGAUUCAGAUAUCUAAAAGGGGUCUUCGUUUAGGAACUAUUGUACGCAAAGCAGCGUCUGUAGCAUCAGCAACAGCAAAGCAGGCUUAUGCUGCAGCGUCGUCCUUGGAUGGCGAGAUGCUGCCCCUCAAGUGCUGUUUAAUAUCCAUCUCAUUGCCGUGGGAGAAUAUUGUUCAUGAUCUUUUAUUCAAGGCAAGUCCGGCUGUCAACUUGUAACCGUCAUAUCUCGUUUCGAGUCUUCAGUUCCCAGUGGAAAAAAGGUUGUUGUAAUGGAAGAGAAACUCUGAGGCUCGGUGUAAAUCACAUGCAUCUUAGUAACUCUAUUUGUAAGCUUAAUGCUUUGUAGGCUAUUUGGUUUAUGUUAAGUAAAAAUAAUGGUUAGUUUUGUGUACGUUGCCAACUUUAUAAUUUGAAUUUCUUAGGGAGUGAUCAAUUGCUAA